AUGCAGUCCGUAUCACAAGCUCAACGAGUUUAUUCGCAGCGGCGCGCCGAAGAUAGUGCUCCUCAACUCCCCAACGGUCAAAGCAGACCAAUGUCACCAAAUGGAGUGCCGUCUAGAGCAUCGACUGCUUCCGUCAAGUCAUCGCAGAGCGGCAGCACGCGCCGGUCAGGUCGCGAGACCGGAAGUUCGAGCUCAAGUGUUCCGUUAUCGCAAAUCGAAAAAAGCGUCACCCACCUUCUCGUCGCGACUAAACAGCUCCUCGAAACCCUUACUCAGUGGUCCCGCGGCCAUGCGACCGACACACAGGUCUCUGAUGUCUAUGUCCGCCUAGGCUACGAAUUCAAUAUGGCGUGCCGUGCCUUUACUGCCAUAAAUGUCGACACCUCCGACCUCGGUAACGUUCCGGACCUGCUUCGAAGCAUUCUUGAAGCGACUUUGAGCCAAGAAGCCAGCGCAGAGAGCCUCGAACGAUACCUGCCGCGCAUCAGAGACAUCAUAAUCAACCUGCUCCAUGGUCUGAAGCGCAAGCAGCAGCGUCUGCGUCAACGACAGGCCCGAGACAGGGACCCUACCGCCAAUGCCCCCGAGCGCACAACGAGUAUCAGCACUGUCACUAGCGGAAGCAGCAGCGGUCUUACCAACAUGCUCGAUGAGGGCCUCGAGUCCGGAUAUAAACAAGAACAAUCUCGCUUGGAGGAACCCGCGUCACAAGGCCCUAGUUCUUCACCUAGUCGUCGAGUCAAUGCGUCAAGAGAGCCGUCCCGAGAUUUCCCCCAACUAGCUCGCACGUCAACUCAGAAUGCGCCAUCUAUACCGCCGCCGUAUCCAAACGACGACAGCCAAAUGCCUUCCGGCACCACCGGGGACAUCAAUAUCGAAGCUUUUCCGCCACCGCCACCGCCUCCACCGGAGCCUCAAUCAAGCGCGCUCGCGGCCCUGCAAAAGGGCGGCGACUUGGAACGACGAGCCUCACGACGCUACUCACAGUAUCAAAUCUCGAAACAUCUUGGCGCCGCCAAUGCUGUUCCUAUCCUGCCGCACCAAAACUCCCCUGUACCAAACCGCGGCCGCAAAGAAGCACGAGAAUCAUUGCAUGCAGUCCAGAAACGCGAGUCUGUGCGUCACAGUCGUCAUCAGUCAAGCCACUCCAAGUCUGUUCCCUCGCCAGCUCCCGCGAUAAUAACAGAGGAGCUCUCUGCGGAUAACAGAAACAGAGUCGACAGUCCACUUGCGCAAACCCCGGAAAAUAAAUAUGCCCCAAGUGCUACCUUGUCCGGCCCGCUGCCUGAGCCUCCGUACUUUGUUGAUGAGCCAAGACGAGCAGAGCCAGAAACAAAAGCAGUCGAAAAGAUUGAACAGAUUCCAACUGCCCCAGAGUCCAAGGGCGAUUCGUAUUACCAAGUUUCACCUCCACCCACGCCGACAAAAGAUUUGACGCUGUUCCUUCAGUACAAGUCCAAGGUCAAGAAGAUCGUUCUGCCAGAGGGACGAAGCGAGCUCUCCAUUGGGCGUUUGCAGCUCGCAUUCAUCGAAAAGUUCUCUUGGAAUACACAGCAUAAUGGUACUGAUUUGCCAGAAAUUUAUAUUCAAGACCCUGUUUCAGGUAUUCGACACGAACUGGAGGACCUUUCGGACGUCAAGGACCGCACUGUUCUCGUACUGAACAUAGAAGCUCUGGACGAAGUCAAGCGUCACAUCGAUGAUGGCAUUUCAGGGUUGACCAAAAUCGUACAGGAUGUCCAAAAUAAUGUUCAAAGUCAGGCGGCAACUCUACAACGAGUUUCAGAUAGGCAACAGGAAACUGCUGAAGAAGUCGCUCGCUUGGCAUUUGCACCGCCUGUUGCUGUCCAAUCUGCCGACGGAUCCAAGGCUAUUGUCAGCACUGGCCCGAGACUCGGUGCAAGCCACCUCGGGCAGAUCCAAACCUUCCGCCGCGACAUUGCCGUCCUGCGUCAAACCUAUUCCAACUUUCAAGCCUCCAUGGACGCUUCUAUUGCCACCGUUCGGCAAAAGGCUGCAAGUGUCACGUCAGUGGCAGCGAGCGCUGUUCAGCCGGAUAUGGAUGGAGAUGGUGGAUACUCCUAUGUAACCAAGGGUCGCAAGAAACUUAACGCUGAUUCCGAUCGUUUGGUUGGCAAGGUAGACGACCUUCAAGAUCUUAUUGAGGAUCUACGCAAAGAUGUUGUCCAUAGAGGCGUCAAGCCGCUACCUCGCCAGCUUGAGACUGUCAACAAUGAUAUCAGCGAGCUCACCAAGGCCCUCAAGGCCAUGGAAGACUACAUGACCGAGGAGAAGCCCGUUUGGACCAAGAUUUGGGAAAAGGAACUGGAGGACGUGUGCCAAGGCCGUGAUGAAUUACGCCUUAUGGAGGACUUGAUGGUUGAUCUGCGCGACGACCUGGAAAAGGCCACGGAGACAUUCGCCCUCGUCGAGCAAGCAAUGAAGGAGCAAAUGAAGGACAACGGCGCCGGGGCAAACGCGGGGACGUCACGCAUGCUGUCCAGGGGCUUGAGCAACCUCGGCAACAGCCUGAACCAAAACGCGGCUAAGGAGGGGGUGCUGGGUGAGGUGCGUGCUCUGCAGCCGAACCAUGAGAAUCGGCUGGACGCCAUCGAGCGGGCAGAAAAGCUGCGCCAGAAGGAGUUGCUGAGCCGCAGCGGCAACGAGCUACAGCGCGAGAUUGCGAGCUUCGUGCACGAUGGCAAGCUCAAGAAGUCGGGCGGCUUCGAGGAGGUCGAGCGCGCGCGGGUAGCUAAGGACGAGAAGAUUCGCCGCGAGGUCUGGGAGCGCAUGAAUGGGAUCAUUAACGAGGACGAUUAUGAAGAGGAAGAAGAGGAGGAGGAGGAGGAAGGCGAAGAAGGUGAGGAAGGAGAGGAGUUUGAGGAUGCAGAGACUGAAGUGACUUCGCCAAUGGAAGGCGAGGCGCAACGACACUCGGGGGGUUCAGCGGCGGGUGCGGCUACGAAUAAAGAGUAA